AUGACGGCCACUGUCAAAGGAGUUUACCACGUGGGACGACUUGGCGCCUUAACCUGGAACACUGCAAAAGAGUUAGGAGACCUGAGCGAAACCCCGUCCCUGCCCGUCCAGCUCCGAAAGCUUCAGGAACAACUUUAUCAUCUGCAAUGGAGUGCAAAGGAUGUUGCUGAGCUGGCUCUACAAGAAGGACUGAAGCAGGCAAAGGUCCCAGGCUUUACCGGACGGGCUGUUCAGGAGAUCAUCAAUCAAGCCCUGAAGAAGCUGGAAGAAAUCCAGGUCCCGAUGCCGGAUUACGCCCUGAAAUCAGCAGGGGCAGCCGUCAUUCGUUCCAGGACUUCUCCAUCACUCUGGGAUGCCAAAGCAAAAGUCUUCCUGUAUUCGCUGCCGGUGAUGGAUUACAUGAGGUCUCCUGAGCUUAUUCUGGAGCCAGAAAAUCAUCCUGGCAACUGCUGGCCGUUUCCAGGAAGUCAAGGACACGUCUUCAUCAGGCUGUCCAUGCCGGUCAUUCCCAGAGCCGUCACCAUGGACCAUGUCUCAGGGACAGCGUUCCAUGGAGAAAGCAUCUCCGGAGCUCCAAAGGACUUUGCUGUCUACGUAAGUGAUUUCUCUGGAGUGCGGGGCAGGGGUUGCACAGCAUUGCUAAGCAAGGGGUGAAGAUGGG